UUGCCACCUCAGCUACCGGGAGCAUGGCCCCUAAUUGGCGGUGGCCAAACCCCGGUGGCUCGGGUUUUAGGAGCCAUGGCGGACAAACACGGAUCAAUCUUCUCUCUCAAGCUCGGUAGCCAUUUGGCGGUGUUUGUAAGCCGGCAGAGCCUCGUAAAAGAGUGUUUCACCACCGGAGACCGGAUUUUCGCCAGCCGUCCCGACACGUCAAUCACCAAGCAAAUCGUCUACAAAGGCGCGGUUUUCGCGUUAGAGCCCAACGGGCCCUUCUGGUGUGACAUUCGAAAAAUCGUCACCGUUCAUCUCUUUUCCGGCCACCAGCUCGAGAAAUUGAGCCAUGCACGAAAAACGGAGGUUGACUCGUCGAUUGCGGAUUUGUAG